UGGAACAGCGAAAAAAAAAAAAAAAAACGAUCACCAACAGACGGUUUCAAGCUCCCCGCGACGGCAGCAGCCCCUGUUCGGCUCGGCAAUGUUGAGGAUGGAUGUAGCCUGCUAGAAAAAAAGACACCGGGGCACAGUGAGAGAGAGAGAACACUACUGCUGUGUAGCUAUGGAGAUCGUAAGUGGUCGCUUUCUUUGACAGGUGUCGGAACCGGACUGAAUAAAAAGUAUCGAAACCAGCUUCAAGGAUGUACGCCAAGGGGAAAGGUGCUGUUGUGCCCUCAGAUAACCAAGCAAGAGAAAAGUUAGCGCUGUACGUAUAUGAGUACCUGCUGCAUGUAGGAGCACAGAAGUCUGCACAGACCUUCUUGUCGGAGAUACGAUGGGAAAAGAAUAUUACAUUAGGGGAGCCUCCUGGAUUCCUGCACUCGUGGUGGUGUGUAUUCUGGGAUUUGUAUUGCGCUGCGCCGGACAGACGGGAGAACUGCGAACACUCCAGCGAGGCCAAGGCCUUCCAUGAUUACAGUGCGGCAGCAGCCCCCAGUCCUGUGAUGGGGAAUAUGCCUCCUAAUGAUGGUAUGCCAGGAGGACCCAUGCCGCCUGGAUUCUUCCAGGGUCCGCCAGGCUCCCAGCAGUCUCCUCACGCACAGCCCCCCCACGGCAUGGGACCACACGGACAGCCUUUCAUGUCGCCACGGUUUCCAGGUGGACCCCGCCCCUCACUCCGAAUGCCAAAUCAGCCUCCCGGGGGAAUCCCUGGUUCUCAGCCUCUCCUGCCAAACAGCAUGGACCCCACCAGACCACAAGGACAUCCUAAUAUGGGUGGGCCAAUGAGAAUGAACGCUCCGCGAGGAAUGGGGCCCAUGGGUCCACAGAACUACGGGGGUAUGAGACCCCCUCCUAACUCCAUGGGUGGUCCUAUGCCUGGGAUGAACAUGGGACCUGGUGGUAGAGGACCGUGGCCUGGUCCCAAUGCGAACUCAAUACAAUACUCCUCCUCAUCUCCCGGCCACUAUGUGGGUCCUCCAGGAGCAGGGGGGCCGCCCGGAACUCCCAUCAUGCCCAGCCCAGGUGACUCCAACAACUCCAGUGAAAACAUCUACACUAUGAUGAACCCUAUAGGACCAGGAGGAAACAGACCCAACUUCCCUAUGGGCCCGGGGCCUGAUGGACCGAUGGGAGCUAUGGGAGCCAUGGAACCUCACCACAUGAAUGGCUCACUAGGCUCUGGGGACAUGGACGGGUUGCCAAAGAACUCUCCUAACAACAUGGGGGGUAUGAGCAACCCUCCCGGGACGCCGCGGGACGAUGGGGAGAUGGGUGGAAACUUCCUCAACCCAUUCCAAAGUGAAAGUUAUUCACCCAACAUGACGAUGAGUGUGUAAUUUUAAUUUCUUUAUUUUUGUAUUUUCUUUUGGUUAUUUUAUUUUUGUACCUUUCCACCUGGAUUUUUCCAACCCCUCACCUUGGAUCGGACUCAUUCUGCCUUUCCCACCUCACCUCACCCCCCCCCCCCGCGGAACUCUCGCCGCUACCCAGGCUUCUAGGACAGCCCUGGGGCAUGCUGGGCCUCUAGUGAAGGCGGAGCUUCCCGACGCUGUCUGUGGCAUAGACAGGAAACAGAGACACAGGAAGUCCCUACUCUCUAACCCCGCCCCCUGCCUCUCUGACUUCUUGUCAGGCUCUGGACAAUGAGAGAGGGGAUGAUGGAGAGACGGGAUAACAUGGACACCCUUCAGGACACAGCAUGGUAGGGUUCUGUCAGUAGCUGUCUGGAAGCUCGACAAACAUUUACAUUGGCAUUCACUUUUAUUUUGAUGUUUUUAUUUGUUUCUAAUGGAUACAGGGGCGGAACAGGAUCUCGAAUGAUCCCCUUUUCCCUGUGUAGUGCACUACUUUAGAGGAAUAGGGUGUCAUUUGAGACGUAGACAUGGAAGUGUUGUCCACCCCCCCCCCCCUCGUUCACUCUGUGUAUACAUUUAAAAACACAAGUGUUGUGAUGUUUUCCAUUACUCUGUAUGUAAUGUAUUAUUGCUAUUCUUUUAUAAUAUUUUAUUGUUAUGAUUAAUAAUAUUAUGAUGAUUCUGGUUAUUUUAAAAUGUAGGAUUUAAUUUCUGGAGUUUUUGUUGUUGUUGAAAGGACACACACACACACACACACACACACACACACACUGACCUCUUCGUUAGUAACUUCACAGGAUGGUGAACCUUCGCUAGUCUCCUUAAGGAAAAUCCCACAGGAUAUUCACGAUCUACUGCCCCCUCUUUGCCCAGUCAGAGGGCAGCACCUUGGUCCAUCAUGGUACUUUAAAUUGUAAUUCCCAUAGUAAUGUCCCUCUCCAUCCCCCUGAGAAGGUGUUUUCUCUGUAGUAGACUAAGUGACCCUGAACAUGCAGAGGAUGCACAGUUGUAUUUAUUGGUUUAAUUUUCCAUUGAGACAGAACAGGUUGACAAUAAGUCUAUCUGCACACUCCGGAAUCACUCUGCACCAAUCAGCAUCCAUCUCCUAGAGGAAGACAUCUUGGAAGUGUCUGGUUUUUGUUUUGAUUGUAUUUUUUACCCAGAGGGCAGUUCUGACCUUCUGUGAAAUUAUUCUGAUUGGAUGUUUAAAGGACUCUUGUAACAGAGCUGAGCCAAUCAGUAGGCGGUUUGGCAGUUGCCAUGGUAACUGACUGUCAAGAUCCCCACAAAAGGACAACAUUUGUCCUUACACACACAACCAACCAGUCGGCCUACCUACGCCACCCCCCUCCCCAACCAACCAGACGGCCUACCUACGCCACCCCCCUCCCCAAUCAACCAGGCGGCCUACCUACGCCACCCCCCUCCCCAACCAACCAGACGGCCUACCUACGCCACCCCCCUCCCCAACCAACCAGACGGCCUACCUACGCCAACCCCCUCCCCAACCAACCAGUCGGCCUACCUACGCCACCCCCCUCCCCAACCAACCAGACGGCCUACCUACGCCACCCCCCUCCCCAACCAACCAGUCGGCCUACCUACGCCACCCCCCUCCCCAACCAACCAGUCGGCCUACCUACGCCACCCCCCUCCCCAACCAACCAGACGGCCUACCUACGCCACCCCCCUCCCCAACCAACCAGUCGGCCUACCUACGCCACCCCCCUCCCCAACCAACCAGUCGGCCUACCUACGCCACCCCCCUCCCCAACCAACCAGACGGCCUACCUACGCCACCCCCCUCCCCAACCAACCAGACGGCCUACCUACGCCACCCCCCUCCCCAACCAACCAGACGGCCUACCUACGCCACCCCCCUCCCCAACCAACCAGGCGACCUACAUACGCCACCCCCCUCCCCAACCAACCAGUCGGCCUACCUACGCCACCGCCCUCCCCAACCAACCAGUCGGCCUACCUACGCCACCCCCCUCCCCAACCAACCAGGCGGCCUACCUACGCCAACCCCUCCCCAACCAACCAGACGGCCUACCUACGCCACCCCCCUCCCCGCCACCGCUCUCUCCUUAUGUGACGUCUCCAUCUGUCUUUUGGUUUGUUGUAAAUACUGUAAAGGGAAUUUUGAUAUCAUGACAUGUUUUGAUAUUUCCGUCACAACCAAUGACUGAUGAGAAACUAGUUGAUUCAGACCAUCUGGGUAUGAAAAGAGACGGUGUGUGUUUUACAGUUUAACUCUGACACAACUAGGGCCAGGAGCAACCCUCUAUAUUGGAUCAUUACUUAGGGAGCUACAACUAACGUUAGAGUCCAGAGUGUUUCCUGGUUAGGGAAAUCUCCUUUCCCUAGUAACGAUAGAUGAAAAGAAAAUAAGGUUUUCUAUUAAGGAUUUCUUUUUCUGUAUUUGAAUUAAGGUGUAAAAACACAGGUUCUUAAUUAUAUGACGAGUGUUAAGGGGGGGGCUUCUGGUGUAUUUUGAGAUACUGCUGUAUAGGUUCAACUCUGAACCAUAUUCACUAAGGGCAAAUCUGAAAUGCACCCAAUUCCCUAUAUAUAGUGCCCUACUGAAGCCAAAAGUACUGUACUACAUAGGGAAUAGGGUGCCAUUUAGGAUGUGCCCUAGUUGGCACCAGUGCAAAGUGUUUCUGUUAUUGUUGGAAGAGGAUGAUUCUAGGAAAACAAACCGUGAAACUGUUUCUGUUUCUAAAAUGUGAGAUAUAUUUACUUACCAUUACUAGGGCUAUGACUUUUUUUAUGUGCCCUUGUCAGUGGAGGCUGCUGAGGGGAGGAUGGCUCAUAAUGUCUGGACUGGAGCGUGGAACCACGUUUGAUCUGUCUGAUAACAUCUCACUGAUUCUGCUCCAGCCAUUACCACAAGCCUGCCGUCCCCAAUUAAGGUGUCCCACCGACCUCCUGUGGUCCUUGUCUUUUCAUGUGCUCAGGAAAAACUCAUGGCCCUACUCAUGACCUUCAUUUGACCUUUCUGCUCUGCCCAUACCGAUCGAGGACUCAUCUUUAUAUCUGUGACAGCAUGGGCAGUGCCAUUGCGGCUACAACCCAUAAGAAUCCCCAUCCAGUUGCCUACUUUAAAAUGGUGGAAGCCCUCAAUGGCGCUGCCCAUGCUAACACAGCAUUUUGGCCACUAUAGGCCUCUAUCGUUCUCUAUGGCUCUACCUUUUUCAAGUUGUGUUCCCUGACCAUGUGACCUGUUCAGGCAAACCUCCUGGCCCUAGUUCUUCCCUUCUGAUCAUGAGGUGUCAAACUCUGCACCGGUGCAAACGCCUCUCCUGUAUGUAAAAUCAACGUUGUCACAUUGUUGGUCAUUUCUGUGUUUUCUAUGGUGACGUAUAAUACUGUUUCAUUCUGGGAGGGUUGAAAGGAGGAGGGGACGGAGGGUAAGGACACAUGUUUCUGUUCCUUGGGUGUAUCCAUCUCGAUAGUCUAAAGGAGAGUCCUCUCCUUUCACCUGCACUGAUGUGAAAGAAGAGAUGACGUGAGGAGAGGAAGCCACGUUGGACUGAGAUGCAGACCAUGUUUUUCUCUGGUGACAAAGCAGUAUUGAAGACGAGGCAGUCUGUUUCCCGGUGCCAGUAUUUCAGAGCAUUUAGUCCUUUUACAAUGAUCCUGUGUUUUUUAAAUUCUGUUAACCCCUUUUGGAUUGGGUGCCUCGUUGAUUUGAAGAUCCAACUGAAAGAGAAAUGUGACCCAUCUCUUGCAGUGCCGUGUAUAUAAAUGAUCCCAUAACAUUUGGUUGGAAUAUUGCCAUAUUCAGGUUAUUUUCAAAAGCAGCGGGAACAUAAUCUAAGGGGACAACACGGUAUCAUGCCAAUCUGGAUGAAACAUGGUGAGGAACUGCCUCCUGGGUUUGCUUUGUAUCUCCUGAUAGGCUAGUUUCUACUCCUAAAUGUCUUGUGUGGUAAUAAAACGUUUCCUAUUUGUCCGUUUUAUGUUGUAAUAACGUUUCUUUAGAGACUGAUUUAAAAAGUUGAUUCUUGAGAAAAAGGUGGGAAGUCUUGCAUCAAUAAAUGUCAUUUGUUUUAGGUUUUUCAUCGAGUCAUCAGUUGUUGUUUUUUUUCCUGUGUCCCUCUCGUUGUAGAUACAUCAAAAUAAAACUACUUCACUGCU